GUGCCUCCUCCGCCGGAGCUCGGAACCGGGAGCCGGAGCUCGGACCCGCCGGGCCGGGCUGCGCCGCGCCGAGCUUUGAAGGGGCGCGGGCGGUGCGGGAGCCCUGAGGCAGCGCGAGCGAGCCCUGAGGGAGGGGCGCGUGCCUGGCGCCGGCGCGCGCCCCGCAGCGCGGAGUCACCGCAGCCGUCCCGGUGCGCGGCGGCGGCGGCGGCACGGGGCAUCGCCCCCGGGAGCAGCGGGCAGGUCACUGCCGCCCAGCCUGGGAACAGUUCCUCCCGCGCAUCGGAAAUUGCAGGCGGCUUUUCUAAACAUUCACACGCGCACAGAACCCCCAAAGAAAACCCCUGAUGGCGGUGAGCAGCGCAGAUCAGCUAAACGCGAUGAAAGAGAUGCUUUUCUACGCUCAAAGUUGGUGCAUGUGCGGUUUUGGCCUCUGACUGAUACACUUUUAUUGUUCUGCAAUCAACUUUUCAAUACUCCGGAUCUGAUGGGUGCUGAUGCCAGAAGAAAAGGAUGAUUGAUGGGAAACAGACACCAGCCUACAGACACUCACCCUCUUCCUUCGGAUACUGAUUUAUCAGUGUGUCCAGGCAUCCCCUGCGAGCCCUGAACACGGAGGAUCACUCAGGGUUAUCGACAGUGUAGCUGAAGACCUGCAACUUCACAAAUUAUUAUCUGCUCUUGGACAUCUUUUACAAGAAGCCCUGACAGAUAAGUUAUAAGGCAAAGGACAAGCGCUGCAUGGCUGUGAAAGGCUGUCAUCAGGGCCUGGGUGGCUUCUACCAAAGUCUUUAACAAACAUCCCAUCCUAAUGCUUCAUGUUUGAGUUGGAACCUAUUUUAUAAAUAUAUAAAUUAGAUGUACAUAUAAUCUCUAGACUGCACAUACGCCAGCACUGAGCAUCGUUACGAAGCUGACAUAAAAGGAUUUAGAAAUGUAUUUGUCAAGAUUCCUGUCACUUCACACCCUCUGGGUUACUGUAUCCUCCGUGAUGCAGCACUACCCUUCUGUGUGGGGACACUAUGACGUGUGUAAGACUCAGAUUUACACCGAAGAAGGAAAAGUAUGGGAUUACAUGGCCUGCCAGCCAGAAGCCAGAGACAUGAUCAAAUAUGUAAAAGUGACUCUGGAUCCCCCCGACAUAACAUGUGGAGAUCCUCCUGAGACUUUCUGUGCAAUGGGGAAUCCCUACAUGUGCAAUAAUGAAUGUGAUGCAAGUACCCAAGAACUGGCUCAUCCUCCAGAACUGAUGUUCGAUCUGGAAGGAAGACAUCCCUCCACAUUCUGGCAGUCCACAACUUGGAAGGACUAUCCGAAGCCUCUUCAUGUUAAUAUUACACUCUCCUGGAACAAAACCAUUGAGCUUACGGAUAACAUAGUUAUCACCUUUGAAUCUGGCCGUCCAGACCAAAUGAUCCUGGAGAAAUCACUCGACUAUGGACGAACGUGGCAGCCCUACCAAUACUAUGCCACAGACUGCUUAGAUGCUUUUCACAUGGAUCCAAAAUCAGUGAGGGAUUUAUCACAGCACACAGUCCUAGAAAUCAUUUGCACAGAGGAAUACUCUACUGGGUACAUGACAAAUAGCAAAAUAAUCCACUUCGAAAUCAAAGAUAGAUUUGCUUUUUUUGCUGGACCUCGGCUUCAUAACAUGGCUUCUCUUUACGGCCAGCUUGACACCACCAAGAAGUUAAGAGAUUUCUUUACCAUCACAGAUCUGAGGAUAAGACUGCUUAGGCCAGCAACUGGUGAAAUAUAUGUAGAUGAGCAACACCUGGCACGCUACUUUUAUGCAAUCUCAGACAUAAGGGUAUACGGAAGGUGUAAGUGCAACCUUCAUGCUACUGGCUGUAAAGAAGAAAACAAAAGACUACUUUGUGAAUGUGAGCAUAACACAACGGGCCCAGACUGUGGAAAAUGCAAGAAGAAUUAUCAGGGCCGACCGUGGAGCCCUGGUUCUUAUCUGCCUAUACCUAAGGGCACUGCUAAUAUCUGUAUACCCAGUAUUUCCAGUAUUGGUAAUCCUCCAAAGUUUGAUAGGAUAUGGCCGAAUAUUUCUUCCCUUGAGGUUUCUAAACCAAACCAAGUUGCUCCCAAAUUAGCUAUGUCAACUGUUUCUUCUGUUCAAGUUGCAAACCACAAGAGAGACUGUGAAUGCUUCGGGCACUCCAACCGGUGCAGUUACAUCGAGCUGCUCAAUACGGUCAUUUGCGUGAGCUGUAAGCACAACACUAGAGGUCAGCACUGCGAGUUAUGCAGGCUGGGCUACUUCAGAAAUGCUUCUGCAGAGCUGGACGAUGAAAAUGUGUGCAUAGACUGUUAUUGUAACCCUUUUGGUUCAGUCCAUGAUCGCUGUAAUGACAGAGGAUUUUGUGAGUGUAAGGAGGGAACAUCAGGGCCUAAAUGUGAUAAAUGUCUGCCGGGAUAUAUCUGGCACAGCUUGGGCUGUCAACCCAACGUGUGUGACAACGAGCUCCUGCACUGCCAGAACGGCGGGACCUGCAUCAACAACGUGCGCUGCCAGUGCCCGCCGGCCUACACGGGCAUCCUGUGCGAGAAGCUGCGCUGCGAGCGGGAGCCGGGCGGCUGCGGCCGCAGCUCGGCCCCGGGGCGGGCGGCGCCCGGGCCCGCGCCUCGCCGCGGACUGUGCGCGGCCGCGCGGAAACGGGACAAAGCCCGGCGUUCGCCACUGGAAUCCCUAAAGGGGAAAAGAAAAGAAAAAAAAAAUAGUAAAAAUAACCGCAUACAAACUAGGAAGGCCGAACUGAACUAAGCCAUAUCACUCAGCCACGGACAGGGCUGCGAGUGGAGACUGCUGCCCUCAGACUCGAGGCGCGCCGGCAGCCGCCUGUCUGUGGGAUCGCUCGGCUGCGGGACUGACACGGCUUUGACAGCCCCCGAACGGAAGAGAACUCCAACAACAUUCGCUACUCCUCUCUGGUGCCCUCCUGUACCUCCGCCCGGUGUGUGGACUGACCGAACCAAGGCAUUCUUUGCUGUCAGUGCAUUGUGGCUAUAAGGAAAUCUGUAAA